AUUUUGUUUCAAUGUUUGGGUAGCUAGCUAUACAUAAUUAUAAUUAGCACAAAAGCUAACACUUUCCAAAAGAAAAAUUUACAGUGAUGAAUUUAUUAUAAAACACUUGCUCAAGUUUUAGUCAAAGAUAGUAUUCAAAGUAAAUUUCAAAUGAAUAACUUACAGUAGAAUGUACAGAAGAAAUAUCUACUUUUAUUUUGUAAAUUUCCAGAUGAAGCAAACUAUCUGUAGACGAUGUUUUCAAUUCCAAAAUCUUAACUCAAGCCCCAAAAAAUCACUUUUGGUUGGGGACAAAAAUUUGAGUCUAAAGAGUCAACAAAUGCAUCUUAUGAGUACAGAGCACAGUGAAAGUAGGGAAGUUCUCAAUCACAAAAUCAAGGAAUGGAGAAAUGCAAAGCCUGAUAUUAGUUUGGCCAAAAUAGUACAGCUUCAAUUUAUUAGAAGAGAAGAACUGUUAAUGAGAAAGAUACUUUCAUAUAUUUUGAGAGACAGUCCAAGAUGUUACAGACGUUUAUCUUUGAGAGAAAAGUAUGUGAGACCAAGAAAAGCUUCUAGAAAAAUCCGUUUUCUUCAUGAUUUACCUGGAGUUAUAGUAGCGUUCUACAAUUCGAAACACUUUAGAUUAAUAGCAUGGAGUCAUAUUCAUGAAAUUUCUAAAAGAGUAUUGAUGGGUCAACGUAAUUUUCGUCAAGCACUAAGGUCCAAAAUUAAUAUUUUCACAUCAAAGUACAGAAAAGGUAUUCCGACGAUGAAGUCUUACUUGGCAAGACACUUGAAUUUUCUUCAAAACCGCCAAAAUUUGAAGAGAAUUGGCACUAGUCAGUAUCAAAAAGAUGAUUCUAUCAAUAAAAGUGUACCGGUACUAAAACAAGAAAAAGUUGACACAUAUACUGGAAAUAUUCUCAACUUUUCAGUAUCACCAGCUAAAUAUAUAUUUGAGAGGCCUGAUAGAAAAAGGUUAGAAUCCCUUAUGGCAUUCUAUUUCACAAAGUUUCAAGAAGGAGUACCAGCGUUGAGUGAUUAUUUUAGCAAAUACUCACAAGAGAGUUGUAACGGUGCAACUACAAAAAACAAAAAUUUGAACAUAAGUGCUGGUAAAAAUGAACACAAGGUACCCAUUUCUAGGCACCACGACGAUGUCCUGGCAAAAAAUAAUAAUUUUCUCAAAUUUUCACGGAAGAAUAAAGAAAGAGAGAAUGAAACCGAAGUAAAAUUGAGUUUCAACAGAGAUAUUUUGAAAAAUAGGAAUGGUCCAUUCAUUUCUGAUAAGAAUUUCGAUGAGAUUCAGAGAGAAGAAGAUAUUCUUGGUGAAACUUAUAGGAAUAGAAUGAAGCUGCAGUCCAGCAUACAAGAACGAUCUAUGAGAAAAUCAUUGCAUGACACAAAUGAUCUCCAAUCAAUUAUGAAGAAUGAUGUGGAUAUAAUAGGGAAAUUGAGAUGUGUGGAAGAAGAGUUAGUGAAGUUGAGUAGAGGAAGUUCAGAAACUGGAGACGGAUUCAAGGAUUAUGAAGUCAAGAAUAAAGGUGAUGAGAAGAAAACACUUUUUGAGAUUGACAUGUAUGAUAGUAUUUCACGAGAAGUCGGCUACAAUACUCAAACGGAUAAAGAAAUGUUUUGGAAAGAAUCUGAGGAGGUAUUGAAAGAUGAUAAAAAUCAUGUUCCAAAAAAUAGUGAAGAUUCUGAGUUAGGAAAUUUCCCCGAUGAUAUAAUAAACUCAUACAGGAAAUUGAAAGGCAAUUAUCUUUCAAUAGAUUUGAUUGAUAAUGCUUUGAUGCUAUCAACUCCGGUUGAUUCAGAGAUUGUGGAAAAUCUGAAGAAUAGUAAUGUUUUGAAGGAGAGUGAAGCAAAUGUAGCCAAAUUCAUAGAUGCGGGGAAAAAUGUACACGAGGAAUUCAAAUCUAAACUUAUACAUUCAGAAGAUAUGAUGAUAAAUACUGAUUCAUCAAAUAUUUUGAAUCAGAUCGAAAUAAUGAAUAUACAAAACACUGAAAAGAAAUUGGAAUCAUUCAAAUCAAACAGCGGUUUAGAAGAAAUCUCAGAAAAUAGAAAUGUGAUUGAAGCAGGCUCCACUUUUAGUGAGAAUUCAAGAAUCAACAAUCGUCCGGUUUCAAAAACUUAUCGUAACAACGAAGGCGAGAAUGAAACAAACACUUCUGAGGUCGACAAUGAGACCAAUCAUUCGAGCUAUAUAAUGGUCAAUGAAAAUAAACUAUUUUCAAAAAAUGUAUUCAGGAAAAAUGAAAGUUCUCCCAAAGUUGAUUCAGGCCUGAAGAGAAAGAUUAAGGGCGUUGAAAUGAAUUUUUCUGAAAGUCAUAGAAUAGGAGACUACCCUGAGUUCAGAAGUGCCUUAAGGGGUUCAAAUAAGCGAUUCUCAAUUAGUAGAAUACUCGGCUGUGAUCAACCGGCAAAAAUCAAUCAUGGAAAGCAAUCACAUUCGAAUGCAUUAAAGAAAAAUUUGAGCACCUCCCCAAAAAAGAAAACUAACUCUCAAUUGGAAAAGAAAACUAAGUCAAUCAAGUACAUGCAAAGCUUACUGUUGAGCAAACAUGAGUCUUCAAAUCACCAUACCCAUACCCAAUCUAAUAAUGUUAUCCAGGAGAAAGGUACAGAUAUAAAUAACAAUGAAGAGACAUCCUUAAUGAAAGUUUCUAAUUUCAGCGAAUUCAAAGAUGCAGCAGUUACUAGUUUGAAAGGGAUUGAUGACGUUUUCCUAAUCCCUCUCAGUACAGAAAAGUUGAAAGUUGAACAUCUCAACAAAAAUAAAGAGAAUAAUAUUGAAGCAUCAAAAGACCUGAAAGGUGGGAAAACAUUAUUGGAGAAUACAGAUGAAAUUGAUAAAAAACAAUUUUUAGAGUUUUUCUCUUCCUUUCAGGAAAAACUAGACUUCUUACAAAAUGAAUAUAAACCUGUAGAUUUCAAUUGUUCGAAAUUAAAUAGCGUGAAAAAUGAAGAUAUUUUUCCUAGUAGAUCACUUGAUGAGUUUCCUAUCAAAACCCUUGAAAAUGAUUCAGAUUCGAAAUUACCACUUAAUGAAAAAUACUUUAUGCCAAAUGGUUCGACUGAGUUAGUUUCAUUGGAUGGAAACUUGGAGAAUAUAUCAAAGAAUUAUCCCAAAACUGAAAAAUUUCUUGAGAACGAAUUCAUUUCAAAGUGUCGUUUUGACUUUCGACCGGAGUUGGAAAAGGAUAACUUGAUUAAGAAGAAAACUUUAGCUGGAAAUACUACUAAACCCACGAACAAUCAUCAAGAUACACAAUCUCUUCAAAAAGGAUUCGAUAGGAAUGAAGGGUUUGAAGUUUUGCCACCGCAGAUAUGGCAUUCUAUCCAAAAUAAAGAAAAUCAAAUUCUAAAUAUCGAAAACAGAAAUCCUAAUCAAAAUACUAAAUAUUUUGAGAAUGAAUUUCAAAAUAAUUUCGAAUUUCAACCGCACUUGGAAUUGCAUUCUCAAAAUAAUGAGUUUAUUCAAGUUGAGCACAAUAAUAUCAAACAAAGUGAAAAAUACUUUAAUAAUUUUGAUGAGAAUAAUAUUUUUGACAUUCCACCAGACUUUAAAACGAACAAUCUCAGAGAUGAGAGGACUCCAACUCAUAAUAUUGGACCUAAGAAUAUUAGUCAAAGUAAAAAAUAUUUCAAGAAUGAAUUCGAUUACAAGUGUCGGUUCGACUCUGUACUUGACCCAGAAAUUAAUACGCUCAAAAAAGAAACAACUGCAACUGAAAAAGCCCAAGACAUAAAAAUAACACGAAAAUUCAGUGAUUUGGUAACUAAGCUUGAACAAUUAAAAAUAAAUAAUACCAAUUGGUUGACUCAACCAAUCGUAGAAUUAACAAACAAAAAUGGUUCAUUGGAUGAAAUCUAUCCGAAAACAAUCAAUUUGCACAAGCAAUUACCCAGUAGAGACAGCCUUCAGAAUAAAACUGACAAAAACAAAUUCAACAUCAAUGAUGAACCUCGAAACAAAAAAGAGGUUGAAAACGCAAAUGUUUCAUCCAUUUCACAGGGAAUUAUUCUGCCAAGUAAUAUGAGACCUUAUUUUGACCAUGAUUUUUCGAGAAUCAUGGAUAACUUCAAACUUCCUGAUCUCACAAAGUACAGUGCCAUAUCUGGAUUAGAAAAUACCAGGAAAACAAAAGGGAAUCUUAUAAACAAUAAAACAGAACUGCAGGGAGAAGGAGUAGUGGGAGAUUAUAAUUUUAACGACAAAAAACAAAACAAAGCUAGAAUAGAAUUAGCCUUUGAUAAAAUACCAAUCAGAGAUGAGACACGUUUACAGAUUAUUGAAGAGAACAAUGAAAAGAUAAAUUUGAAUGAUAUAUCCUGCAAUAAUAGUUUGAAGAAAGACAUAGUAGAGAGUCAUGAAAAAACGAAAGGAUUUGAAAGACAUUCAAAGAAGAUGAAAAUUGACGUUUUUGCAGAUGUUCUAAAUAAUAAAAUUACGGAAUCCGUUGCUCUGCUCCGACAUAUUCCUAAAACCUCAAAUAAUUUUGGAUGGGAGGGACAAGAAGUCGAUAAUCAACAGACUUCCUGGACCAUCAAUAAUACUAUACCAAGAAUCAAACUAUCCACGAAUCAAGUUCAAACUAUACCAAAAAUAACAAAUAAUCUUUCAACAGUUGAACAAAAAAUGAUAACCCAUUCAGAAUCUGUAAUUUCUCAAGGUGAAGAUGAACUAACAGGUGAGAUCACUUUCAUUAAUAAAGCAAUUCAAACCAAGCCUCACGAAUUAGCAAUUAUUCAAAACUUCAAUCAAGAUUAUUUGGUUCAUGAAGAAAUUAAUCCAUCAAAAAUAAGUGGCAAGUCGUCAAGAGAAAUAGCAAAUUUAGGGGAAACAUUUGACGAAGUUCAAGUACAAAAUCAAAGCAAAUCGCUAAUUGCAGACGCAAACAAAUCAAAUAUGAAAAGUACAUGGUUUUCUACUGCUGCCAAUAAUUUGGAAUUCAAUGGUACACGAAUUUGUUGCAAUCGGUUUGAAGAUAGUCUCAGAGGUGGUGGGGAUUGUGUUUAUGGAGACGUUUACAAGAAAGGAGAAAUGGUUGGUCGAAACAACGCUAGUGGUGUGACUCCUGAAGAUGAUGAACAAUCAAAAAUGUAUCAAAGAGACAAUCAUUUAAUGGAAACACUGCCAAAAAUAAAUACAAUGAUAUUUAAAAAUAGGAAUUCAAGUGAACAUAAUGAAGAUACACUUGCAGAUGAUUGUAGAGAUAUUGUAGGUGAAAACAGCAGGUUAUCUAAGAAAGAAAAAUCUAACAUAAACGAUUUAUAUAGAAAGGUCAGCAAUAAUGUCAAUAUUCAUUCCAAGUAUGGUAGAGGAUCAGGAGACUAUAUUACUACAAGAAAGAUUAGAAAAAAUGAACUUUCGAAAUCAAAACAGGAAAAACGUGUUUCAAAUCUUAAUGAAGAUGUGAAUGCAUAUUAUGGAAGUCCUUUGUUAAAAAGUACUGUCAGUAACGAAGGCUUUGGCAAAAUUGUCAAUGAUCAUGCAGAUAAUUAUGAUUACAUCUACUCUGAAAUUUUUGUGAAUAGUAAAAUUGAUAAGGAAAACAAUCUUCUAGAAGCACCAAAAGGGAUUCAUAGAAAUUCAAGAAAACAAGGACAAGGGAUUGUAAGAGAAGAAAACUAUUCAUAUAAAACAAAUUCUAGAGAGUCAGAUAGAGAUGUAGAACAAACUAGAGGAAAAUCAAAAAUAAUAGACCAUGAAGUACACAGAACUGUUGAAUUAGCAAAGCUUGAUCGAUUACAUAAGGUUUUGAAUGAUUUGGAAGGAUUAAUUGGUUCCUUAAUGAAAAAUGUUGAAAAUAAGCACCAUGAUACUGAAGAUGGAAGAACUAAUAUUGAUUAUGGAGAACAGAGGAUGAUGCUGCGUGAUAUAAAUGAUUCCAUAAUCAGCAGCCUGGCAUCGCUUCAUAUAUUCAAGGGAAAUUACAACAAAUUAAAGUUAGAUCGCCAGUUUAAACGUUUAAACCGAUUGGAUAAUAGUGAAAAAUAUGGAGAAAUGCAUUUAUAUAUUGAAGAAGAUGAAAACAAACGAAUUCCUUUGCAAAAAUGUGGAUCAAAUGCUAUGAAAGAGCAUGAAAUCAAAGAUUAUGGUACAGGAAUAUUUGCAUUUGGACAGGGUGCAAUGGAACAGAUCUACUCAAAAGAUUCUAAUAUUUCGCCAACAGGUAAUAAUUUCAAUUUUUGCUCUAAAUUGGAUGAAUGUGAGCCAACAAGGAGUAACAGAAUUGUAGACAGAUUCUACAAGUACAAACAUCCUUCGUUCAUCACUCAGCUUUCCAAAAUACCAGAAGAAGAAACUGUGGCAACAGACAAGCAGCAAAUUGGAGAGUGUAACCGAUUCACAAAUCAUUCGAUGGAAAACUCUAUGAAUGUUCGUCAUUCUUCAACGAUUUUCGCAGGUUCUCUGAAAAAGCAGUUGAACCCGGAACAUGUGAGAAAAGUACUGAAGCAGCUCUGCACAAGAAGUGUGGUUGACGAAAUGCUUCACAAAACACAAGUGGAUGGAAGCUGUGAUCGGGAUGAGUUCAAAAAUGACAUUAAAAAUGAAAAUGAUAGAUAUUACGCUUGAAAUGAAACGACUUUUCCGGAAACAGAAAAACAUCAGGCUUUACCAAGAUAGUACAAGAAGAUAUUAUAUAAAUCGAUAAGAAAAUUAUAGGAGAAGUUGAAAUAGACAUUAGAAGUUGGAAUAGUAGAAAAGAAAUCAUUUUCCCGUGAUCAAACAAGAAAUAAAUAGAAAAGAAGAUGAUACCAGAUAAUAGUUUUACAUACAUUACUUUUUCUAUAGAAUUGUUAUUCAGUCAGAAGUAAUGAAUUCCAGAAAAAUUGAAUUGUAUUUGUUUUGUAUGUGUGACAUUGUGGUGUUUUUUUAUUAAAAUUUGAUUUGUUAGAAAUCUUUUUGUUCUAUUUAAAUCUAUGAUAAAUAAAUAUAUUAUGUAUAUCGAAUAAACUAUCGCAUGCAUUUCGUUGACUUAGGCCCGUAUGCAGAUGCUCGGUUUGAACGGAGAAAUAAUGCCAACUGUUUGUUUAAACACCGUAUGAAACACAUUAUAUUAUAAAUGCAUUCAUAUCUACGAGUACACGUGGUUUAACGUUAAAAGUAGAUAGUGCAUAUGACCCUAAAAUUUCCUAACUCAAAAAUCUCAUUCUAUUUUAGUAAGUUACCAACUUUAAAAGAGAGGUUGAUGAGUAUUAACGAGAAAACUUACUUUAAUCAGUCAACUCCACUUAAUUCGACAGUUUCUAUUCUUGAAAAUGCUGUUAGAUUUAUGGAUGAAUCCGAUUUUCUUGAGAAUUUGCAAUAGAAUUAGGCAGUUUUCAUUAAUAGCACUGAAGAUUCAAGUUUUUUAAAAUCAUAUACAACUUGGGCAACAUGUAGAAAAUAUACCAAUAAAGAUACAAUAC